CAGCUCCAAACCCACCCUGCCUCUCACAGCCAAACACUUAUUGUGAUCUCAUAUUUUGGUUGUCUAUUUCGUUCUCUCUCUCAGGCUUACCCGCGUCUUCUUUCUCGUCUAGUUUGUCGGAUCUUCUAAACCUAACGAAGACUGUUUCUACAGCAACGAAAGUAGCGAAAUAUUCGUAUUCUAUUUUGUGUCUGUGUUAUUGGUUUUAUAAAAACGAUUUUUAAGUGAAAAGAAAAAAGAGAAAAUGAGGAUGAAGGAGGAAUUGGCAUGUAUGAGUGACGAAGAGAUGAGAGAAGAGGAAAUAAUAACUUUUCCUCCACAGCAAAAGAAAUUAGUUGUGGUUGGAUACGCUCUUACCUCCAAGAAGACGAAGAGCUUCUUGAAGCCAAAGCUUGAAGGCUUAGCUAGGAAUAAGGGGAUAUUAUUUGUUGCUAUUGAUCAAAAUAGGCCCCUUUCAGAUCAAGGCCCUUUUGAUAUCGUGUUGCAUAAGUUAAGGGGAAAGGAAUGGCGCCAGAUUCUUGAGGAUUACAGGCAUACUCAUCCUGAGGUUACGGUUCUUGAUCCUCCAGAUGCUAUUCAACAUUUACACAAUCGGCAAUCCAUGCUCCAGUGUGUUGCUGAUAUGAACUUGUCCAACUCCUAUGGAAAAGUUGGCGUUCCUAGACAAUUAGUGAUUGAAAGAGAUGCGUCAUUGAUCCCUGAGGUUGUUACCAAAGCAGGACUGACUCUACCCCUGGUUGCAAAACCAUUGGUUGCUGAUGGGAGUGCAAAGUCACAUGAACUUUCACUUGCUUAUGAUCAGUAUUCCCUUCAGAAACUUGAUCCUCCACUUGUUCUACAAGAAUUUGUUAAUCAUGGAGGUGUUCUUUUUAAGGUUUAUAUUGUUGGUGAAGCCAUUAAAGUGGUGAGGCGAUUUUCUUUACCUGAUGUCUCCAAACAAGAGCUUUCCAGAACUGCUGGUGUAUAUCACUUUCCAAGGGUUUCUUGUGCUGCAGCUUCUGCAGAUGAUGCAGAUUUGGAUCCUAGUGUGGCUGAGCUGCCUCCACGACCUUUACUUGAGAGACUUGCAAAGGGACUUCGCCGUCUACUGGGUCUCCGCCUGUUCAAUCUGGAUAUUAUCCGAGAUCAUGGGACAAGAGAUCAUUUUUAUGUCAUUGACAUUAACUAUUUCCCUGGGUAUGGGAAAAUGCCAGAGUAUGAGCAUAUAUUUACAGACUUCCUCUUGGGCCUGAAACAGAGUCAGUACAAGAAAAAAUCUGGCUUGUGAAUGCUUUGAAGGGUUGUUUGAUACUUCAAAAAGUGGCUGGUGACCGAUGAAGGCCUUUUUGAUUUUGAAGAAGUGGAGCACCAUCAUGGUCCAAAUUAAGUAUUAGCAGGACGAGGUCCUUCGGUUGUUUUGGUUCCUUUUUACAUGUUGCAGCUGGAGGAGUGCAUUAUGCAAAAUGCAGAACAUGAUGUUCUGUAAUUACAGACAGACUGGUAGGAUGACUCUUGAAUCCAUCAUACACACAGCUCCUUCCUUAUAAUCGAGCUUGGCUUGAUUCUUGAGAUCAAUUAUUUUAAUUCUCUCUUUCCAUAAUUUGCUGCUGUUACAAGAUGGUGAUGUUUGUAGUUGGUGAAUUCAUCCUAAAUUUAGUAUGUUAUGUAAAGGUGUUUCUUUUUAUUGAUAAUAUACAUGUGAAUUGUGAAUAAUAGUGUAAAUUAGAGCACUGAUUUGAUGUC